UCCGCCAUCCAAGGAGUGCCUUCAUUAGAAGCUUUGCCCGCAGCUGCUGGGAAUGGAUUUGUAAGCACCAGUGCAGGGACUGUUACAACCCUCGGAAAAGGAAAACCAUAGAUAUCAUUAUUAUUUAUCCUAAUAUACAACAGGUGUUCAGGAGCUGCCAAGAGGACUUAAAGGAAAAGUCCACAUUUAUGGACAGACAUUCCUGCUAUGACAGCUGUUUAUGGAUCAAGGAAGGAGAACAAAACACGGCUCCUGAAUUAUUGCCUGGACACCUGUUCACUAUGGAGGCUGCACCUGGAGGAAAGCUAAAGGGCCAUCGAGCCUAUUCACAAGCUUGGGAUGGGUGGGCGAGUACAACACCAGAUGUACAAAACACAAGAGACGUCAGACAGGAGAGACUAUGGCCAAAGAAAAGACUUCUGGAUGGGGCGUUGGAUCUUCUCAAUCAGCUGAAGAAUAUGUCCAUGUCUCUGGACAUGCUUCAGUCCACCCGGAUCGGCAUGUCGGUGAACGCUCUGAGGAAACAAAGCAAUGAAGAAGAGGUGAUCACUUUGUCCAAAACUCUAAUAAAGUCCUGGAAGAAGCUGCUGGACAGCGCAGACCAGAAGGGGAAGGAAAAGGAUCAGAGCUCCUCCUCCUCCUCGAAGGAACCCAGUUUGCCUAAGAAGCCUGAAUCUCCAAAAACACCGACCACUCCAAAGAUGACCCGAUUCCCCCCUCUUCCCGUCACUUCUGACUCAGUGCGGACCAAGUGCAGAGAGAUGUUAACUGCAGCCCUGCAGACCGAUGGAGAUUACAAUGCGAUCGGUUCAGAUUGUGAGCUGUUGGCAGCACAGAUCGAGGAGGUAGUAUAUGGGGAGGUGCAAAACACGGACAUGAAAUACAAGAACCGGAUCCGAAGCCGAAUCGCCAACUUGAAGGACUCAAAGAAUCCAGAUUUAAGAAAGAACGUGCUGUGUGGCGCUAUUACCCCGGAGCAGAUCGCCAACAUGAGCUGUGAGGAAAUGGCAAGCAAUGAGCUCAAAGAGAUGAGGAAAGCCAUGACUAAGGCGGCCAUUCAGGAGCAUCAGUUGUCCAAGACGGGAGGAACGACGACCGAUCUGUUCUCCUGCGGCAAAUGCAAGAAGAAAAACUGCACUUAUACCCAGGUGCAGACACGCAGCGCUGAUGAACCGAUGACUACGUUUGUUCUGUGCAAUGAGUGCGGAAACCGCUGGAAAUUUUGUUAAGGACUCUACAAGUGGCCUGUCUCAUCUUCUUCCUCCUUUCACCGCGCCGCAUGCAAAGACGCCAAUUCCACACCGAGCCUGCCAUUUAUUGUUAUAUAUACUUAUAUAUAGAACUAUAUAUAUAUCUUUUUAUUUUUUUUAUUUUUUGUUUUUUUAUGUUUUUUUUAUUACUCAUUUUUUUCCAUUGGUGGAGAAAACACGUGAUUAUGUUGAAGGCUUGAUUUGCUGUUUGCAUUCCAUGAAGAGGACCUGUGGCAAACUGGGGUUUGCCACUUUGUAAUAUUACUACCUGAUUGUAUAAAGUAAUGUUGACCUUUGU